AAUAACAUACAUGUUAAUGAAUUAAAACAUUUAUAUAUCAGCUUCUGGUCAUUAACAAAAUCUCCAGUGUGAUUGCAAGACGAGACGGUCACAAUUUUUCAAUCUGGCAACCAACUAACUAAUUUCUCCAGCCCCUGAGCGUGUUGAGGAAUGAUGGAGGAAAGUUGGAAAAGGAAUUAAAAAAUAGUUUUUAAGAACUGAAUCUUUUUUGUUUUUGUGAUGUAGUACAUCGUGAACAGUCAACAACGCAGAGAAGUGUAGAAUAAUACAGAAUAAGAAUAAGCAAUCUUUUAUUUAUUCUGUAAAAUAAACAAAAAAUAAAAGAAGCGGUUUAUUUUAUCUCCAGUUGCUGCAGACCUGCUGAAGAUCACCACGGAGGAGGAUCCAAUACAAUCAGUGGAUUCAGUUGCUCUUCAGGAGUUGGAGCGCGAAACCUGCAGACUGCUGAUGACUUACGUGAAGUGAUCUUUCUGCAUCACCUGGAUCUGUCCAGCACCUGUGUUCAUUGGUUUCAUCAGAUCCUGAUUAUUAUGAUUAUUAUGAUGAUGAUGAUGAUGAUGAUGAUGAUGGUGGUGGUGGUGGCUUAGUGGUUAGCACGUUCGCCUCACGUGUCCAGGGUUGGGGGUUCGAUUCCCUGUGUGUGUGGAGUUUGCAUGUUCUCCCCAUGCUGCGGGGGUUUCCUCCAGGUACUCCAGUUUCCUCCGCCAGUACAAACACAGGCAUGGUAGGCUGAUUGGCGUGUGUGAGUGUGCCCUGUGAUUGAUUGGCACCUUGUCCAGGGUGUACCCCGCCUUGUGCCCCAUGCUCCCUGGGAUAGGCUCCAGGUUCCCUGCGACCCUGUAGAAUAAGUGGUAUCAAAGAUGGAUGGAGUUAUUCUUAUUUAUAUUUUUUUCUCUUUACAUUUAUAUAGACAGAUAAAAUCAUUUCUCUUGAUUUAGCUGAUCUAUAAGCUAAAUCAAUGUAACUAUUUUGCUUGAGGUUUUUCUAUCUUAACAAACAGGCCUAUGUGAUGUUUCAUUACAUAAAUCCUUCUUUUUUUCUACUGUAAUUUCUAAAAUAAUCAAUCAAUGUUAGGUUCAGCUACAUACAAUAAAUCACAAUGUUAAGAUUCAAUUUACCUGUGGUGACCAAAAACUCUCAAACAUGCAGGAAUUAGCAAGCAGACGUUUAUGCUAAUCACGACAUAACAUGGCUAACUGCUGUGUAGUUUGUGUUGCGUGUAAAUGUGAGUUUAUGUCUUAAGAAAACGACAAAACCCAAAAGCAAGCAAUGCUAAGCAGGACCUAAUAUUAGCCUGUGUGCUGCUUCUAAUGCUAAUUAAUUAGGCUUUUUUCCCCCCUUCAGCAACCUGAAGUGGGAUUAGAUCUGGAGCAUCAACAAGAGGGUUGCCAUGGUUACCUCUGAUCAGGAGCUCAAAUCAGCAAAAGCAGCAAAACAAAUGCAAGCUGUUACUUGAAUACUCGGAUUAAUGAUGGUUUUUCGGUUUGUAGGUGUUUUUCUACUGUAUGCUGCUGAUUUAAUCAGUCGCCAUGAAGCUCUGAAGCUCCUAGAAAUAAAACCAUCAUGGGUUGCUCUGUUGUAGUUGUCGCCGCUGCUGUAUCAACUCUUGGCGGUCUCGUGUUUGGCUACGAACUUGGAAUCAUCUCCGGCGCUCUACUGCAGCUCCAGGUCCAGUUCCAGCUGAGAUGUGUCCAGCAGGAGGCCGUGGUCAGCUCCCUCCUCAUUGGAGCCAUUCUGGCUUCUGUUAUCGGCGGCUGGCUGAUCGACCGACACGGCAGGAGGACGUCCAUCUUGCUCAGCAAUCUUCUGAUCAUUGUCGGGAGCCUGAUCCUGUGUGUUAGCAUCUCGUUUCUGAUGCUAAUCUUUGGCCGUGUCAUGGUGGGCUUCGCCAUGUGUGUAUCUUCAAUGUCCUGCUGCAUCUUCAUCUCCGAGAUCGUUUCGCCUGAACGCAGAGGUCUGAUGGUCACUCUGUAUGAAGUUGGUGUGACGGUCGGGAUUUUACUCGCGUACGCCGUCAACUACGUCUUAUCUGGAGCUCAGGAAGGAUGGAGGUACAUGUUCGGGUUGGCAGUUGCGCCGUCGCUUGCGCAGUUGGUUUGUAUUUGGGUUCUACCAUCUCAGCACACGCCGGUCAUACAGCUCCUGAAUGAGAGCAGUGAAAACGGAGCCCGAACACACAAGAAGGCGUACACAAUCGUAGAUCUGUUUCAGCACCGCAAUAACAUGCACACCAGGACCGCCAUCGGUCUCGGGCUGGUUGUGUUCCAGCAGUUCACAGGUCAGCCCAAUGUUCUCUUCUACGCCUCCACCGUCUUUCAGUCUGUGGGGUUCGAGAGCGACGCAUCUGCUGUGUUGGCGUCGCUCGGCCUCGGGAUCGUUAAAGUUAUCACAACAUUAGCAGCGAUGUUCUGCGCGGAUAAAGUCGGAAGGAGGCCGCUUCUGAUUGGCGGAUGCUCCGUCAUGGCUGUCGGUUUGAUGAUUAUAGGAUUCCUGAGCAGACAUUCAGAGUUUGAUAUGGUGAGACACUGCGGCUCUCGUUUAAACGACACCGUGUUACCUGAGAUUGGAAAUAACGCCACCGCACUUCCUCAUGAUGCAGGAAACUUUAAUUGGAUUGUUUUGUUCUGCAUGAUGGCUGUUGUCGCCGCCUUCUCCAUGAGCUUUGGUCCAAUGACGUGGGUCGUGUUGAGUGAAAUUUUCCCAGCAGAUGUGCGAGGACGAGCAUUUGCCUUCAGCAGCUGCUUUAACUGGGCAGCCAACCUGAUCGUCACCUUCUCCUUCCUCAAUGUCAUAGAUGUGAUGGGUCUUUCCGGAACGUUCUUCACGUACGGCGUGAUCGCAGUAGCAGCCGUCGUUUUUAUUUACGUCCUUCUACCAGAGACUAAAGGCAAAGCACUGCAGGACAUCGACAAGGAGCUGUGUGAAAGACGGUUUCCUCACAGAGAAGAAUUCUGCAGUGUUCUCCAGAGAAGACGUUUUUCACCCGGAUAUCAGAGAGUCUCCUGGACGAGUUCUUCGAUAUAACAUUCACCAUCAGGCCACCAGAAAAACCCAAAGUUUUAUUUUAAUGUAAUAAACUAGCUGAUCAUCAUGUGGAACGAGGUGGCAGAAAACCUGACGUUUUUACUGUAAUAAAGUUCAUAACGCAGAAUUAUUUGUCUCGAGCUGUUCACCAGCUGUUUACAUUUUUCCCCGUCCAGUUAAAUUAUACAUUUUUUAAAAAAUGUUAAAUAAAAAUAUUGAUAAUUUUC